UGUGUUAGAAGCUGUCACUGUGCGUCGUUGUCCCUGCAAUUUGUUCAGUCAGUCAGUCAGUUAGUGCGUCAGUCAGUCAUUCAGUCAAUUGACUGUUUUCGUGGCACACACACACACGCGCGCACACACACACACUCACUCGCUCACUCACACACUCACUCAUUCUGUCACUCACUCCACUUCAACAACACAUGUGGAGAAGGAGAUUGGCCAGCUGUUAGAAAGCGGAACAAGCAACUGAUUGAUUUUUCGCAUUUGCAACUUGAGCAACUCGAGGCAAACUACUUGCUACUUGCCACUGUGCAUGUGUGUGUGUGUGUGCGUGUGUGUAUAAAGUGAAGGGAGAACAUUUUGUGGACAAGUCAGGCCAGGUCAUCAUUGCUAAACAUAUGGAGAUGGAUGCCACACAGGUCGAAGGUCGUCAGCAGGCAGCCAGCCACAACAACAGCAACAAUACCAAUAGCAGUGACAACAACGACGACGAAGUGCAACAAACGACAGCAACAACAACAACAACAAUUGAGCAUAGAGAUAGCAUUGAUAGUCCAGCAUUUUCAGGCACUGAGCCAGAUCCCGAUCCCGAUGUCGAGGUGGAUAUUGAGGCGGAUGCCGAGGACGAGGCGCAACCGUUGAGCGAACGUUGGUCGCCAUUGGGCGCCAACUAUGAUGAUGCGAAUAGCGUCAGCUUGGAGCUGCUCUCGGGCAUCGAUUGUGGCGACCUGGAGCCAACGCUGCUCGGCCUCGACAAGCUGGAGAAGCAUCAGCAACAGCAACAGCAACAGGAGCUGCAGCAGCAGCAGCAGCCAACCACGGUGGCCGUGGACAAUGCCAGCGAAUUGGCGCGUCUGCGCAGCAUCGAGGAUGAGCAAGAGCUUUUGACCAGCUCGCUGCUGGCGCUGACCUCGCAGUUUGCCCACGUCCAGCUGCGUGUGCGUCAGAUUGUCGAGGCGCCCACAGAUGAACGCGAUCAGUUGCUGCGCGAUCUCGAGGAUUUCGCCUUUCAGGGCAUACCAGAAACGGUGCAGCCGCUGGCUGGCAAUAACAAGAACGAUGAUGACGUUCGUGAUGAUGAUGAUGAUGGUGCUGAUAACAAAGAGGCGCAGGGCGAAGGUGAGGUGACUGCUCCACCCGAUGGCCAAUUGAUUGAGCAGCUGAAGUCACAGCUAACGGAGUUGGAGCAGCUGGCGUAUGAGUCGGGUGCACCGGGUGUGUUGCCGCAGCAUGUGCUGCUCGAGAAGCAGAAGUUCAUAUUGGAUGAGCUGCGCACCAAGCUCAAUCUGCAGGUGGAACAGCAUCAGUUGCCGGGACUCAGCACGGAGCAGCUGCGCCAUCAGGUGGACAAUGCCAUUGGUGAGUUUGUAGGGCCGCUGAAGAUGAAGGAGCAACUGGUCGCCCAGCUAAAGACCCAAAUCACCGAUCUCGAACGUUUCAUUGCCUUUCUGCAAUGCGACACCGCUGGAUCCGGUGCUGGCAGCGGCGUGAGCAGCGCCAGCGAUAAACUGAAGCUGCUGAGUGGCGCCUACAACAGCUAUGCAGCGAAGCAGACAGCUCGCCAGGCGCCCAAGACAACAACGGGAGCGGGAGCGGGAACGAAAGUGGAAGCGGGAGCGGGAUCCGGAGCAGGCACAGUCACUGCUGGCCACAGUCAACUGCAGACGCAACCAGUUGCAAUGGAAGCGGGGGCGCCACGACGCGAGAGUCUGCACAGCAAGGCGCAUGGAUUGCUGGACAAGGCGUCGCUUCUGAUGCAGAUGUUUGCCACAACGCACUUUGCCAAGCGGCAAGCGGACUUUCAGCAAAACUCGCUGAAAAAGACGCACAAAGGCAACCACUGGGGAGAUCUGCGCGCUCAGCUGGAGGUGGACAUACAGGAGGUGGCAGCGCUGGCUGCCACAUUGAGUUGCGAUCGCGAGAAGUUGGCGAACAUUAAGCGUGCGCUGCGCCAACAGCAGCAACAACAUUCAGCAGGCGGUGGAUCGCUGGCGCUGAAUGCACAGAACGGAGCGUUGACGACGGUGCCACCGCGUUGCAGACGCGCCGCCGCAGCGGCUGUGGCUGGUCACGAGCUGACGCCCUAUGCCGCUGGAGCCGCUGGUGCAGCGGCCUCAUCCGAUUCGGAUGAGGAUGCGUAUGAGCGUUACGACUGGGACAAAGACAAGGCCGGGCUGGGGCGACGCAUUGUGCACAUGCGUGGCGAUUCGAUAGCCACCAUUGGACGCGAGCUGACGAGCGUGGUGCGCAAGAAUUUCGCACGGACGCUGCAGCAACUGAUCCAGCAUGGUCUGCGCAUACCCGCCGAGUCGGCGGCCUCCAGUCUGAUGGUUCCCUUCAUGCGCUGCCUGCAGCCGGGUGCACAGCGCGUAUCAGCAACAACAGCAGCUGGCGGCGGCGGCGGCGGUGUUGGUGGCGGUGGCGGUGGCCUAGGAGGUGGUGUGGCAUCAUCCGAUAUGCAAUUCCUGGGCAUCGGACGUUCGAUGCAUGUGUGGGAGCUGAUCAUUGAGUACUAUAAUCUGAAGAAUGGCGAGGAGUACAACAACACACCAGCAAGGAAGCUGUCGCAAAGCUUUCAGCUCGAUAUCGUCGAUGCGCAUGCGGUGACAGCGAAGCAGAGUCUCUUGAGUGCCAUUGGCAUGAUCCUGGCCAUGCAUCGGCCAUACAAGCGCAGCUACAAUGCCCACUUCAAGGCGCUCAUCUGUGCGGGUCUCAACGCACAUCUGCUGGUGGAGUGGCUGAAUCUGAUACUCAGCUGCAAUGAGCUGAUCGACACCUAUUACACGUCCAAUAGCUAUGUGGCCUGCACGGGAUUUCGGGAUUCGUUGCGCUCCAUCGAUGCGCUGUCCAAGUUCGAUUUCGAUCUGCCCGUCGAUUUGGCCAUACGCCACUUUCGAAAUAUCUAA